AGGCAUUUCAUUCUGCGGAUCUAUUGCUCUGUUGGAAUACUGCUGCGGGUGCGAUUUUUGUGUCCUGUUAAUGUGUUCUGUAAUGACCUUUUUAAAGCACUAGCUUUUUAUACCGUUUGCAGUACCAUCUGCUGCAUGAAAAAUCCUAACUUAAUGACAAAAUUUGGAUAAAUAGAGCAUUUAAUGUGAAGAACCACAGGACUUGCAUAGACACAGAUCUUCAAAUAAAGAAGUUGGCUGAAAGAUGAUGCGUGGAGCCUGAUUUUCUCCCCCCCUCCCCCCCUUUUUUACAUCGGUCUGAAUGAAGGCUAUAAUGGAACCUCUAUUCACACGGUGAUCAAAAGAAGCGCUCGAGUGAUGAACUACUUCUGCAGGAAAAGUCUAAAGCAAUAAUUCAAGUGCUUGUGUUUGUGGUGUUUUGCUAAAACGUUGUUACCGGCAUUUAUAUCUUACGUGUUCGUUGUUGGAGCAGCUAGCUAGAGCAAUGGUCUGAUGAUGGAAAACAAAUGUUCUGCAUUUCUUUUCUGACUGAUGGAGUAGCAUUCUGUGUUACGGUCUGUUGGGGAAUCUAGAUUGAAGAAGCAGUAUUAUUUGAGUCUCAUUGUCCUUUGUUGUCUGACUCAUCACAUGUAAAUGUACUGCAGCUUAGCUGUACAUUGCAGGCAUUUUUACAUGGAGAAGAAAUGUCAACCUUGGAGCUUUAGUGCUGAAUAACUGUUGAGUUAUACGUUGCUUUUUGUGUGAUGGACUUUUGAUUUUAAGGCAGUAGCAUUUUUAAUUGCGGAAUGAUUAUGACCUGGAACACUUGGGGCAGUCAUGUAUGCCUUUUUCGGUAGAAAUCCUGCUCCCGUUAACUGGAGGCUGACCUUGCUGGAGUGGAGAGAGCUGUGAUCAUCUCUGCCAGAGCAAUUGUCUCUUGUUUCAUUCUAUACAGAAUGGUGUUAUGUCGUCUAUAACAAUGAUUUUACUGUUUAGGUAGUCUUAUUCUGUAGAAAUUAAACAAAAGCAAAUUGGCUGGUGAAAGUUCAGAAUUUUUAUAUAUACUGUUGUAAUUUCUACUGUAAGAGGAUAUUUUAGUAAUUGAGUGCUAUAAAGUAGUAGCAGAACUAUUUUAGCAGAACUUUUUAUGGAAUAUUUUGGAAAACUUGAUUAGCUGAAUAUGUUGUUGAAUUUGACAAAUAGAAUAUAAUUUAAGUUAUGCCAUUUUAAAUAUUUCAAAACAAAGCACUAGUGUUUCUAAAUUAUGUUUGAGAGGAAAAGAACUUUCCGUGCUGUCUUGGCUAUCCUUGGGACAAGGCUGUUACAAAUCUAAUUUUCUCCUUCAAACGGGUCGAAUGAGUCGUGUGUGUAUUGUUGUUUUGGAGGAGGUGGAAGAUGAUUCUCCCACGUUUAUUUCCAAACUGCCUCAGGAAAGCAUAUCUCUACAUCCUUCAGCUUCAGGACAUUGCUUGCCACCACUUGUUCAAGCUAUAUUUAAUGGGGACCCUGAUGAAGUUCGUGCACUAAUUUUUAAGAAAGAAGAUGUUAACUUUCAGGAUAAUGAAAAGCGGACCCCUUUACAUGCUGCUGCGUAUCUGGGAGAUGCAGAAAUUAUUGAGCUACUUAUUUUAUCUGGAGCUAGAGUUAAUGCCAAAGACAGCAAAUGGUUGACUCCUUUACACAGAGCUGUUGCAUCAUGUAGUGAGGAUGCUGUGCAGGUGUUGUUGAAGCAUUCAGCAGAUGUCAAUGCCCGUGACAAAAAUUGGCAAACACCCCUACACAUAGCAGCUGCAAAUAAAGCUGUCAAGUGUGCAGAAGCCUUGGUGCCACUUCUCAGCAAUGUAAAUGUGUCAGAUCGUGCUGGUAGAACGGCAUUACAUCAUGCAGCCUUCAGUGGACAUGUUGAGAUGGUCAGUUUAUUAUUGUCUAGAGGUGCCAAUAUCAAUGCCUUUGACAAGAAAGACAGACGAGCAAUUCACUGGGCAGCUUAUAUGGGUCAUAUUGAUGUAGUAAAACUGCUAGUAGCCAAUGGUGCUGAAGUUACAUGUAAAGAUAAAAAAUCAUACACACCACUACAUGCUGCAGCUUCCAGUGGAAUGAUUAGUGUAGUCAAGUAUCUUCUGGAUCUUGGAGUUGAUAUGAACGAACCAAACGCAUAUGGAAAUACACCUCUUCAUGUCGCUUGCUUCAAUGGACAAGAUGUUGUAGUAAAUGAACUGAUAGACUCUGGUGCUAAUGUAAAUCAAAUGAAUGAGAAGGGAUUUACACCUUUACACUUCGCUGCUGCAUCGACCCAUGGAGCAUUGUGUUUAGAACUUCUGGUUUGUAAUGGCGCAGAUGUGAAUAUGAAGAGUAAAGAUGGAAAAACACCAUUGCAUAUGACAGCAAUCCAUGGAAGAUUUUCAAGAUCACAAACAAUCAUCCAGAAUGGAGCUGAAAUAGAUUGUGAAGAUAAGAAUGGAAAUACACCUUUGCACAUAGCAGCCAGAUAUGGCCAUGAACUGCUCAUCAACACAUUAAUUACAAGUGGUGCUGACACUGCAAAGCGGGGUAUACAUGGAAUGUUUCCUCUCCAUUUGGCAGCAUUAAGUGGAUUCUCAGACUGUUGCAGAAAGCUGCUGUCUUCAGGCUUUGACAUAGAUACUCCAGAUGAUUUUGGCAGGACCUGUCUUCAUGCUGCUGCAGCUGGAGGGAAUUUGGAGUGCCUAAAUCUGCUGCUCAACACAGGUGCAGACUUCAAUAAGAAAGACAAAUUUGGAAGAACUCCACUCCAUUAUGCUGCUGCCAAUUGUAAUUACCAGUGCCUGUUUGCCCUUGUGGGUUCUGGAGCAAGUGUCAACGACCUCGACGAAAGGGGUUGUACACCAUUGCACUAUGCAGCUGCAUCAGACACUGAUGGAAAGUGCCUGGAAUAUUUAUUAAGAAAUGAUGCAAAUCCAGGGAUUCGAGACAAGCAAGGAUACAAUGCAGUUCAUUAUUCUGCAGCUUAUGGUCAUCGCUUAUGCCUUGAAUUGAUUGCCAGUGAAACACCUCUAGAUGUUCUAAUGGAAACAUCUGGAACAGACAUGCUGAAUGAUUCAGACAACAGGGCACCAAUUAGUCCAUUGCACUUAGCUGCCUAUCAUGGACACCAUCAAGCUCUGGAAGUAUUAGUGCAGUCUUUGUUGGAUCUUGAUGUCCGGAACAAUAAUGGUAGAACGCCAUUGGAUCUUGCAGCUUUUAAAGGACACGUUGAAUGUGUCGAUGUACUAAUUAAUCAGGGGGCAUCCAUUUUGGUGAAAGACUAUGUUGUAAAGAGAACACCAAUACAUGCUGCAGCUACAAAUGGUCAUUCGGAAUGUCUGCGGUUAUUGAUAGGAAACGCAGAACCACAGAAUGCUGUCGACAUCCAAGAUGGAAAUGGACAGACUCCUCUGAUGUUGUCUGUUCUCAAUGGGCACACAGAUUGUGUCUAUUCAUUGCUUAAUAAAGGAGCGAAUGUAGAUGCCAAAGAUAAAUGGGGAAGAACAGCAUUGCACAGAGGGGCAGUUACAGGACACGAGGAGUGUGUAGAAGCUCUGCUUCAACACGGUGCAAAGUCCAUACUACGAGAUUGCAGAGGACGAACACCUAUACAUUUGUCAGCUGCAUGUGGACAUAUUGGGGUGUUAGGAGCACUCUUGCAGUCAGCAGCAUCUGGAGAUACAGUACCUGCCCUUGCCGACAAUCAUGGAUAUACAUCAUUGCACUGGGCUUGUUACAAUGGUCAUGACAGCUGUGUCGAACUUCUUUUGGAGCAGGAAGUUUUCCAGAAAAUGGAAGGAAAUGCUUUCAGCCCAUUGCAUUGUGCUGUGAUUAAUGAUAACGAGGGCGCUGCUGAAAUGCUAAUUGAUACACUGGGUUCUAGCAUUGUAAAUUCGACAGACGGAAAAGCCAGAACUCCUCUCCAUGCAGCAGCUUUUACAGACCAUGUGGAGUGCUUACAGCUUUUGCUCAGCCAUAAUGCACAAGUAAACUCUGUAGAUUCUUCUGGGAAGACCCCUCUAAUGAUGGCUGCAGAAAACGGACAAACAAAUACAGUUGAGGUGUUGGUUAGCAGCGCUAAAGCCGAUCUGACCUUGCAAGAUAAGUGUAAAAACACAGCACUGCAUUUGGCUUGCAGCAAGGGUCAUGAAACUAGUGCCUUGUUAAUACUGGAGAAGAUUACAGAUAGAAAUCUCAUCAAUGCCACCAAUGCAGCCUUGCAGACACCGUUGCAUGUUGCUGCUCGAAAUGGAUUAACGGUUGUAGUUCAAGAACUUCUAGGAAAAGGAGCAAGUGUACUUGCCGUUGAUGAAAAUGGUUAUACACCAGCUUUGGCCUGUGCUCCCAAUAAGGAUGUUGCUGAUUGCCUAGCUCUCAUUCUGGCCACAAUGAUGCCUGUUUCGUCAAGCACCACGCUACCUUCCCUUACUUUCAAUGCCAUUAAUCAUUACACCAACACCUCAAAAACUGUCACCUUUGACUCCUUGCCUAUUAUCAGGAGUGAACAUAGCUCUUACUGUAGUUUCAACAACAUUGGCAGGGAAGAUGGCUACCCAUAUACGGAAGAAGAUGAACUUAAUGACUCGGAUUCUGAAACCUAUUAAGAAGCUUCCUUGGAGGUCAGAAGAGGAACUCACUUGCUGAAUUUCAAGAUUGUGUUGUUGGAGAAAGCAGUUUCUGAAUAUAAAAAAGGGACACCCAGAAGAGGGUUUUUUUUUUUUAACAAACAUGGGUGCACAUGAAACAUUUGUGCAACUUCCCAAAGGCUUUUAAAAGCAGGUUAUGCAAAGGAAAUGCUUCAAAUCCAUGGUGCAAAAGAAAAGAAAAAUUACACAAAAUAUUAUUUAAUUGCAGUGUACUAGGUUGUCCAUGGUGCCAUGAAGAAUCCUAAAAAAGGCUGUGCACCAUUGUCUGUCUAAAUGAAUAAACAAGUUAUACAGCAAAGAAGACAAUAGAUUUAAAUCUUACCAAGAUCAUUUUUAAGGCAAUAAUUGAGUUUGGUACAGUAGGCGUUGUUUGUGCAGCAAAUUGCCAAAGGACCAAAUGAAUAACUUAGACUUUUUUUAAUUUAAAAAAAAAACAAAAACUUUUUUUGAAAAGUUGAAUAGGUUAAAUAAGUAAUAGUCUUAACCAACCCCUAAAUUACUUCUGACAAUUAAUGUUAGAUUUGGUUUUAAAUGUCUUAUUUGUUUUUAAUCACCUAACAGCCUCCCAACACAGUUAAAUGUACCAUGGGGGGGACGACUUAAUUUUCAGUUUUGUUUCUCUGAGAGGAAAUGAAAAGGAACUUGUCACAAUCUUAUAGUAUUGAAGCUGUACUGGCUUAACCAGGAGUAGUCAGGGUGAAACUUGUACAGUAGUAUAAUAAAAGGGAGAUGAGACAGCGAUGCAGUAUUUAUUGCACAGCUUACUUUUACGAAAAUAAAUCUGUUUUAAAUAUAUAUUUUUAUUCAAAAUACAGGAAUGGUAAUUAUCUGGAUGAGCAAAACUGCAUCAAAAAUGAGAAUUGUAAAAUCCUGACACCCUGCUAGGCUGCCUUAGGGAAAUGGCAUUUUCUACAGCUUGCCCAGUCUUCUACAUCAUAUACAAUGACAUGAGAUUUGUGCCUCUAUGAUGUAUAUAAUUUUUUUAAUUUAAAAAAAAAAACCCUCCUAAGCUUUCAUGGCACAGGAUGUGACUGGGGGAUGGUUAAAAUGGUUUCCCUCUCAUCAAAAAGGUACAGUGAUGAAUCUUUGGAAAUGUAUUCCAAGUCCUUCAGCUAGAGUUACAGCUUGCCUUGAGUUUGUCUAAUUUAUAACAGGCUACUGUAAAAAAAAUGAAUAAACUGAAAAAUGGAAUACAUUUCUCGAUCCUAAAAUGAAAUUUGUUAAAAUAGAGGUAUUUACUUUAUUUGGUUCUGCUUUAAUUGAAAAGUAACAUUUUUAAUUAUAACUUGCUUAUGUACAUGCAAGAACAUAUUCUUGCAUGUUGAGGUAAAACACAAAUGACUUGCUAUAAACUGACCCCAACCUUCUUUUAUCCUUUUUGUAUUGUGAAACUGGAAACCUUAAUGCCAUUGUAAAUUAUCAGCUUGUUUUCUGAACAUAGUGUGGAAACACAGGACAGUAUUUUGAUCUAUUUGAUAAUUUUGUGGGUUUUUGAAGAAUUAAUGAGCAUGUACAUAUAAAUAGCGACUGCUUGAAUACUGUAUUUACCUGCACUCUUUGAGUACAUCAAGAUUCCUGUGUAUAUUUUACAGAGUAUAAUAAAACCCAGAUGUGAGAGUUGUA